AUGGUUCCUGCUGAGAACAUGAGUGCUUUCUCUGCAGUGGAUCGCUGUCCCAACUGCAGCUCCUCUGCCUACCCAGAGGUGGAUGUAGGCAAGGCAGUGGUUUUGGGGAUAGUGCUGGUGGUGUUUGUAGUGUUCGGGGUCCUUGGCAACAUCCUGGUCAUCCUGUCAGUGUUGUUCCACCACCAUUGGCGCUCUGUGACACACUACUUCAUUGCCAACCUGGCAGCGGCAGACCUGCUGCUCAGCUCCGCCGUCCUGCCCUUCUCCGCCACUGCGGAGGCUCUCGGUAGAUGGGUGUUCGGCCGGUCGUUCUGCAGCGUCUGGGCCGCCCUGGAUGUCCUCUGCUGCACCGCCUCCAUCCUCAGCCUGUGUGUGAUCUCUAUCGACCGCUAUCUGGCUGUCAGCUACCCUCUGCGCUACCCUGCCAUAGCUACAGGGAGGCGAGGCCUGACUGCAGUGGCCGCUCUCUGGGGACUCUCGGCGGCUAUAUCUGUGGGCCCACUGUUUGGAUGGAAGGAGCCCGACCCAGAAGAUGAGACGGUGUGCCGAAUUACGGAGGAGCCCGGCUAUGCUUUGUUCUCGGCACUAGGAUCUUUCUAUAUACCUCUGGCUAUCAUCCUGGCCAUGUACUGCCGCGUGUACACUGUGGCAAAGAGAGAGACAAAAACCCUCAGGAAGGGCAGUAAGGGAGAUGGGGUUGAGACAGAGGGGGUGAUGCUGCGGAUACACAGAGGAAAUGCUGACCAGACGGGGAAGCAGGAGGAUGACGACAUUUCUGCGGGGCAUAAACGCACCACCUUUUCCCUGCCGAAGUUACUAAAGUUGUCAAGAGAAGAGAAGGCAGCCAAAACUCUUGGCAUUGUUGUCGGGUGCUUCGUUCUGUGCUGGCUUCCUUUUUUCCUGGUUUUACCCAUCGGAUCCAUCUUCCCAUCCUGUAAGCCUUCUGAAACCAUCUUUAAGAUAACCUUCUGGCUGGGUUACCUCAACAGCUGCAUCAAUCCCAUUAUCUACCCAUGCUUCAGUCAGGAGUUCAAGAAAGCCUUCCACAAUGUGCUCCGUGGUCGCUGCUUGAGAACUGGACACAUAAGCACCCAUUCCUCCAGUCCAGGCCCCACGUCCAACACCACCGUUCUUUCAGCCCCAGGCUGCGGCACUGUUUCCUCGUGGUGUUGCUGCAGGACAAUUUCGACCUCCUCCUCGUCUAUCGGUGCUCCAGAUCAGGCUCAAAGUGCACAAAUCCAGAGUAAGAGUAUGCUGAAGGCGUGGUGUUUCUCAGCGAGUCAAACGCCGAUACCACAGAACCCCUCCAGUCAUGGAUCAGCCAGGGUCUUACGCCUUUCUCUUGGUGUUACAGGAGAGCCUGUUUGA